CUCCUCGGGAACAGUUUUCUACCUCGCUUACGGCCCUCUGCAGGGCUGCGGCCUCCCGCAAAAAGGACGCCGACCUCGAGGGCCGUACGACGCCGUCCCUGCUCCUGCUUGCACACCAUUCCCGGGAAGCUCCGGGUGACUUCUCCUGUGUUUCCCGGGCACAAACUGCGCCCCGGCUCUGGCUGACGGACGCGCAGCACUUUCUGCUCGCUCUCUCCAUCCGAAACCCCCGGCUCCUCCCGGGCCCGGGGCGGCUCCCACGGCGAGGAACGCUCCGCUCCGCUCCAUCCCGUCGCUCCCUCGCCUUUCCGCCCGGCUCCGCCUUUCCCGUCCGCGCUGCCAUGGCCGGGCCGGCGCCGCCGGUCACGCAGCAGGUCGGGCGGGCGCGGGGCUGCGGGCGGCGGCCGGAGCUGCAGCGGCUGCGGGAGGCUGCCCGCUGCCCCGUGCUGGACGCGGACGGCAGGAGCGUCCCCUUCCAGGCCCUGUUCGCGGAGCAGAAAGCGAUCGUGCUGUUCGUGCGGAACUUUUUGUGUUACACCUGUAAGGAGUAUGUAGAAGAUCUGGCAAAAGUCCCCAAGGCAUUUUUACAAGAAUCAAAUGUGAGGCUUAUAGUUAUUGGACAGUCAUCAUAUCAUCACAUCAAGCCCUUUUGCAGUUUAACUGGGUAUACACAUGAAAUGUAUGUAGAUCCACCAAGGGAAAUUUAUAAAAUACUUGGGAUGAAAAGAGGUGAAGGUAACAAAGCAUCAGUUCGGAGCCCUCAUGUGAAAUCAAACACUUUUCUGGGAAGUAUUAGGAGUAUAUGGAGAGCAAUGACUGGCCCAGCUUUUGAUUUUCAAGGAGACCCUGCUCAGCAGGGAGGAGCUUUGAUUAUAGGCCCAGGCAACGAAGUUCAUUUUUUGCAUCUUGAUAAAAACAGGCUGGAUCAUGUUCCCAUUAAUACAGUCUUGCAGCUGGCAGGAGUUAAAACAGUGAAUUUCUCAAACAAACCCCAGAUUAUUGACAUAUGACACUGAUGUAAUAUAUAAUUUUUUAAAAAUUUGUGCUCUACAAGAACAGUUCUCCAUUGAAUUACAACAAGCAUUGGUUCUGUUGCUUCUUUGUGUGACAUUGGAAACCUUAUCUAGAAAAUCAGAGCAUAGAAUAAACUACCUGGCACUAGAGAUGGAUACAAAUGUGCUAUUUCCAUUGAGUACAAGAUAAUAAAAACUAAAACACAACUGAGACUGCAAAAAAUCCUGGAGCUUGUUAUUGUCUCAUCUGACAAACUUGCUAUUGUUUUUUUAAACAUCAUUGUUUAAGGUGUACUAAAGUAAGAAAUCAGAUUUUGCUCAGGAAAAACUUGGGAUUCUUGCCUUCAGCACAUCAACACUGGCUUUCAAUCCAAGACUUUUCAGCACUUUUUUAAAGCUUCCAGCACUGUAUGACAAUUUUAUAUUGAAAUACACCUUGAAAAGUCACAAUUUUGAAUAGCUGGACUUCAUUUGCAUCUGGCAAUGGCAGAAGUUAUGAAACACAUUUCAUAAAUUCAAAUAAAUAUUUUAAAUACA